GCCUCUCUUUCGCUCUUUCUUCUUCGAGCGUUCGCCUUACAAGAUGACGAAGGGUACCUCGAGCUUUGGUAAACGUCAUAAUAAGACGCACACGCUGUGCCGUCGUUGUGGACGCUCCUCUUACCACAUUCAGAAGUCAACAUGCGCCCAGUGCGGCUAUCCAGCUGCCAAGUUGCGUUCAUACAACUGGUCUGUGAAAGCCAAGAGGAGGAAGACCACUGGCACCGGCCGCAUGCGUUACCUGAAGGUUGUGCGCCGCCGUUUCCGCAACGGCUUCCGUGAGGGCACCCAAGCCAAACCCAAGAAAACGGUUCAGGCUGGCAAAUAAAACGCUGCUUAAAACUGGAUCCACAACAGCCCACAACACAUGAAAUCAUAGCUUAACCCCAUGUUUUAAAGCUUCGACUUUCUAAAACUUCUGCAGUGGGCGGGAGCCAAUAAAUUACAUUUUUUUUGAAUAAGUGAA